UUUAAUUUCGAAAACAAAACAAAUCAAAACCCAUCUCGUAGUCAUGAGCUCAAUAACCCUACUUAAUGACAGCCUGUCGCCGCAGGUCAUCCGCCAGGUAAUGCGGGAGCUGCAGGACAUGCAGACGGAGUCGCCGGAGGGCAUAAAGCUCCUCAUCAACGAACGCGAUGCCUUGGAUAUCCAGGCUCUUAUUGAAGGACCCAUUGGCACACCCUAUGCCGGUGGUAUUUUCCGCAUCAAACUAACCCUAAACAAUGAUUUUCCCAGCACUCCGCCAAAGGCAAUUUUCCUUACCAAAAUCUUUCACCCGAAUGUCUCCCUCACCGGGGAGAUUUGUGUGAAUACAUUGAAAAAGGACUGGAAGCCGGAUCUGGGCAUUAAGCAUAUACUGAUCACCAUCAAGUGCCUGCUGAUUGCUCCCAAUCCAGAGUCAGCCCUAAAUGCAGAGGCUGGCCAGAUGCUUCUGGAGCAAUACGAAGACUACUCGAAGCGGGCACGCAUGAUGACAGAGAUUCAUGCCAAGUCGGUAUAUGCUGGAGAGGCCAAGCCAGCAGAGUUGCAGGAGCAGAAGAUGAAGGACACACUCAAGGAGAAGCUGCUCAAGGAGAAGAAGCGAGCGCUGAAGAGGCUUUGAGAAUGGGUAGUAAAUAAUAAUAAUAAAAGCGGGAUCAGGAGCAGGACUACAUGAAGAGAUAGAUAUAAAUACAAAGGUGUUGAGUGAAUUAAGUUGAAAAGGGAGUAUAAUUCUAUACUGUACAAUUUUAAUUCCGAUUAUAUAAAGUUUAUAAUGUUUAAAAAAUUAUAGAACAUUCCAAAAAGAAUAACUAAAAUGAUGAAUUUAUUAAAGCCCGCUAGCUUAUCCUUCUCCUAA